CCGCCAGGACCAGAUGUCCCGGGCGCGCCAAGAUGCAGCCGCGGCUCUGGCUUCUUGUCACCGCGCAGCUGGCAGCUCUGCAUGGCAGCUCAGCACUCCUGCAGACCCCUGCGUCCAUGACGGCCCAGACCAACCAGACGGUGAUGCUGUCCUGUGAAGCCAAAACCUUCCUCGCUAACUCUCGCAUCUACUGGCUGAGGCGGCGCCCGGCCCCGAGCGCUGACAGUCACUACGAGUUCCUGGCCUUCUGGGAUCUCACCAGAGGGACUGUGUACAGCAAGGAGAUGGAGCAGGAAAAGCUCACUGUGCUUAGAGAUUCUUCCCGGUACACUCUCAGCCUCCAAAGUGUGGAGCCUUCCGACAGCGGCGUCUACUUCUGCAUGAUGGUUGGGAACCCCUACCUGACCUUUGGGACGGGAACUCGGCUGAGUGUGGUUGAUGUCCUUCCCACCACUCCGCAGCCCACCAAGAAGCCCACUCCCAAGAAGAAAGUGUUCCGGUUCCCAAACCUGGUGACCCAGAAGGGCCCGUCCUGUGCCCCCCUCAUUGUCGGCCUACUGGUGGCUGUCACCCUUGUUCUGCUGGUGUCCUUGGGCGUGGCCAUUCACCUACACUGCCUGCAGAGGAGAGCUCGGCUUCGCCUCCUGAAACAGUUUUAUAAGUGAGCAGAGGAUACGUUUUUGGUGUCCUGCUACAAAAAUAUAUUGGUCGGUGAUGAGCAAGAUCUGGA